GCUCAGUGGUUAAGAGCACCCGACUGCUCUUCCAGAGGUCAUGAGUUCAAUUCCCAGCAACCACAUGGUGGCUCACAACCAUCUGUAAAGAGAUCCGAUGCCCUCUUCUGGUGUGUCUGAAGACAGCUACAGUGUACUUACAUAUAAUAAAUAAAUAAAUCUUUAAAAAAAAAAAAGAAAUAUAUCUUUGGAGCAAAUCCCAUCCGCGUUGUCAGGAUAUAUAUCAGCAGUCUAGUUCAGCAGUGUCAGGUAGCAAACAGGAAUCAGUGGCGGUGGCGGCAGGACCAAGCAGAAAGAGCCAGGCCUCUACAAAUUGGGAUGAGUAAGGGAGCCACCAGGACCAGCAAGGACACCAGGAGAAGUUCUCUGCUGUGCUUCUCUCAACAAAGAUCAGCGCAGAUGAAGACGAGAGACCAGCAGAGUGCCGCAAAGCUAGCCAUGCAAGCCUGCUGUCACCGAACUCAGGAGGCAGACACAAGGAAAUCUCUGUGAGUUCGAGGCCAGCCUGGUCUACCUACAGAUCAAGUUCCAGGACAGCAAGAAAAGAGGAGACAAGAAAGCAGGAAUCAUGGCAAACAGCUGCGAGUGACCUGGAGCACAGGCAGGGAGGAGCCUGCAUAAGCAGAAGCUUCAGCCAUGGCUGCUGGAGUUACUCCAGCCUUCUGACACCAGAGCAGCAAACAAGGACCCCCCCUCCCCCAGUUUAUUGCUGGAGGGAGAGGCAGUGUACGGAAGUAGGGGUGGGUCACCCCUCAGUCAGCUCUCUGCUCUGUACCAGUGUUGGGAUGGCGGCCACCCUGUCGGUGACUUCGUGGAAGUCCCUCCUUCUGGUUCCCUGGUUCCUUCCAAUUGGUGUCUCCAGCUGUCCCUGGCCACCUGUUCCUGUCCAUCCCGGGCUACCCCUCUGUCCACUGUCCUGUCUCUCAAGCCCAGCUCGGAGGCUGUAGGUCUCUAUGACAACCAGAGGCUUGGAGGAUCUAGAUGGGGGCCUGGGCAGCUGCAUCCCCAGUGAUGAUCUCCCAUUCCUAGAGGAGUCCCCCUCAGGCCGGCGGCCAGACAGCAAGACUCGAGGGACAUCCAGGCUUUCGGACUCCAGCAGCUGGAGCCAUGUCCUUCAGGACCCAGUUACCGCUGGCGCUGGCGAUGCCGGGCUCAAGAAGACGGAGAAAGAGCGCAUGGGCAAGGAGAGCGCACCAGCAGGCAAAGCUGGAGCAAGCCCCCGGAGCAUUCCUGCGCGUAGGAAGCCGCAGGCUGCGCCUCCCUUGCAGCCACCCCUGCCGCCAAGCGACGACGAGUUGCCCUGGGGAGAUCUGACGCUCAACAAGUGCCUGGUGUUGGCCUCACUGCUGGCCCUGCUGGGCUCGGCUUUCCAGCUAUGUCGGGACGCAGUGGCUGGGGAGGCCGUGGCGGCCCCUCAGCAGUGGGUCCCGCCCAGCUCUCCAACCAAGAAGCCAGCGUCGCCAACGCCAGCGCCAGCGCCAGCCCCUAAACCUCCGGUGUUGGUGCCCCCAUCCGGGCCUCCUCAGCCGAAGCCUGGGCCACCUGCACCCCAGGCAGAGAUGAGGGAUGAGCCUGAGCUUCCCGGGAGCCCUGAGGCUGCAGAAACCCAGGCAGAACCUGGAGGGUCCAUCUCGGAAGCCUCUGGGGAGGAGAGCGCACCCCUUGGUGACCGAGGUUCCCAGGAGAAGCCACAGAAAGAGAAGCCAAGGAAAGGGGAGAAACCGAAGAAGGAGAAGCCAAGAAGGGAGAAGCCGAGGAGGGAGGAGAAGCCUCAGGUCACUAGGGAGCCCCGCCAAUCACUGAGACAGCGCUGGGAGGCGCGGGAAGGAGGCCAUCGGCCAUGGAGGCGGGACUCCAGGGACCUCGAGCAUGGGAAGCUGAAGGCCUGGGCUCCUCGGCGACGGCAUGACCAGCAUGAUCGUGACAACCGGCCCAGACAGAGGCCCCGUGUUGGGAAGAGGCAUGACUGAUCCUGCCUGUGUCUCCUGCGUGAAUCCCGCAUCCCCUCUCCCUGUAGCACCAGCAAAUAAAGGUCGUGCUGUGACAGCCACA